UUCUGUGGGUUCCUGCCCUCCCUUUUUAUCUCCGUUUGUCGCCUGAGCUGCUGUGUUGCCAGGAGUGGCCGGGCCUCGCAUCAUGACAUCCGCUCUGGAGAAUUACAUCAACCGAACUGUUGCUGUUAUUACUUCUGACGGGAGAAUGAUUGUGGGAACACUGAAAGGUUUUGACCAGACCAUUAAUUUGAUUUUGGAUGAAAGCCAUGAACGCGUGUUCAGCUCUUCACAGGGAGUAGAACAAGUGGUACUAGGGUUAUACAUCGUAAGAGGUGACAAUGUUGCAGUCAUUGGGGAAAUUGAUGAAGAAACAGAUUCUGCACUUGAUUUGGGGAACAUUCGAGCAGAACCUCUAAACUCAGUAGCACACUGAGGAAGAAUUACAUACAUUGAACAUCUGUAAAUCUUUGUACAGAAACUGAUUAUUCUGAGGAUGAUGUGUGGAAUUUUUAUGAACGUGUAAUUGUGCAAUUUUGACUCCAUAUUCAUUGUAAUAUGUAAAUUAAAAUAUUUUUACAUUUUCUUGAAUAAACAUUUUUUUGCCUAUA